AUGGAACAGUUGGAGAAGAAGCAACAAGGUGACAACCAUCUAUGCAUUGAUUUUCUGGAUAAGUAUGGUCCGUAUGGCAAACUUGAUCCUGUGACAAGACGCCAGCAGGAAAUCAAAAGGGUGGUCCAAUUCCUCUAUAAGUGCAAGAGAUGCAACCCAUGCCUGGUGGGAGACCCCGAUGUUGGCAAGACGGUGAUCGUGGAAGGGCUAGCUGCUAAAAUCGUUGGUCAAGCCGUCCCUCCCAAGCUUCUAGGGAAUAAGGUACUAUGA